AUAGAAUCAUUAAGAACCAAAACUCAGCUCUAUAAAUAGAGCUUAAUUAUAGUAAUUAAUUAUCAUAUUCAACAAAGUGUAAAAGCCUAUAUAGAUUAUACCUUUAUAGUCUAAACAUGGAGAAGCUUAAGAGUUUUAGGCAUCUUAACAACAAUAUAGAUUUGGUUCUAAAUGAGGAAAAUAGCAUAGAAUUGCUAGGAGCUCAAGGCCACAUAUGGAACCAAAUUUUCAAUUUCAUCAACUCCAUGUCCUUAAAAUGUGCCAUUCAAUUAGGUAUUCCAGAUAUCGUCAACAACUAUAGAAAACCCAUGACCAUUUCUCAACUCGUACUUGCACUCCCCAUAAACCAAAAAAAAUCCCCUUGUGUCUAUCGCCUCAUGCGAAUUUUGAUCCACUCUGGCUUUUUUGCUCUGCAAAAAGUCGAAGGAGGAGGAGAAGGAGAAGAAGAAGAAGGCUAUGUUAUAACUGACGCUUCCAAAUUACUACUAAAGGACAAUCCUAUGAGUGUCACACCCUUCUUGCUGUCCAUGCUCGACCCUGUGAUGACUAAACCCUGGGAUUUUCUCAGCAACUGGUUCCAAAACGAUGAUCCUACACCGUUUGACACAGCUAAUGGGAUGACGUUUUGGGAUUAUGGUAGCCAUCAGCCAAAUCUAGCGCGAUUCUUCAACGAUGCCAUGGCUAGCGAUGCACGAUUGGUGACGAGCGUUGUGAUCGAAAAGUGUAAAUGGGUGUUUGAGGGAGUGGAAUCAUUGGUUGAUGUCGGUGGAGGGACCGGGACUGUGGCCACAUCGAUUGCGACUAAUUUUCCCCAAAUUCAGUGUACAGUUUUGGAUUUACCACAUGUUGUAGCUGAUUUACAAGGUGGGAAUAACCUCAAUUUUGUUGGGGGAGACAUGUUUGUUGAAGUUCCUACAGCUGAAGUAGUUUUGUUGAAGUGGAUAUUACAUGAUUGGAAUGACGAAGAAAGCGUGAAAAUUUUAAAAAAAUGCAAAGAGGCCAUAAUGAAGAGCAAAAAGAAAGGAGGGAAAGUAAUCAUAAUAGACAUGAAGGUCGAAAAUGAAAAAGAUGAAGAUGACGAAUCUUAUGAAACUCAACUCUUUUUCGACAUGUUGAUGAUGACUUUGCUCACUGGAAAAGAAAGGAAUGAGAAAGAAUGGGCUAAGCUCUUUAAAGAUGCCGGUUUUUCUGAUUAUAAGAUUACGCCUAUUUUGGGUUUAAGAUCUGUUAUUGAGGUUUAUCCAUAAUUAAUUAAUUAUACUUAAGAUUAAGUAUUAUUAAUGGUUGUGUUGUUUGUAAGCUAUUUCUCUAUUAUUAUUGGUAUAUUGUAAUAAGGAAACAUAAUUAACAUAUGAGUAAUUAUGUAAGCCAAAAAUAAUAAGAUAUAUAUAUCGAUGAGGCUCAUCAUAUGCUUUUAAUAUUACAAGUUGAAGAAUUAUUAAUAAAAUAAAAAUGUGUUUGAAUUUUUAGUUAUGAUUGAUGCACCAUUUUUUUCAUAAUUAGUAAAACUUUUACCACU